CUUACGUGGGCCUGGUCGAUUUCUUCUGACGAUUCUUGGACAACCCGUCAAUCUGUAAUCUUGCACCCAUGCUACACAUGAGAACCACCACUUUGUCUCUUUCAAUACAUUGACAAGAGCGACAGUCUCACUGGCACUUGCAACACGCGCGCCGAAACUAUCCCGCGACAUGCUCCCAUCGCUAGAUGAUUGCGAUGAGUGCAGGCCUGCGUAUAUUCAACGCAGGCUUGACUCCUUUCCGCCUUCUACGAUAGCUUUGUCAUCAACACCCUUCGCUCUGACCUUCCUUUUUGUUGCUGUUGCUGUAUGGCAAAAAGUUGUGCCACAUCUAUCUUCACCAAACUCGCACAAGGACCAGAAUAUACCAUUAUUCAAUCGGGAGACCCAUCGCGCAAACAAUCAUGGACUGGACUUGAUUCGACGUGUCUCUUUCAGACGCGUGGCUGCAGUCACACUCUCUACAACACUUGCGUUGUCGGCUGUGCUUGUGGAGCUGAUCUUGUGUGAAAUAUCGAAUUUACUGAACCCGGCAGCCAGAGGACUGGCCUUACAAAUUACUCUAUACUCGCUUCUGAUCCUCAUAAUCAUCGUCAUACCGAGUCUGGAAGUUCACACUCUGGUUUCUGGAUCGCGCCCUCGCUCCGAGUAUGGCACCAACACCGUACGCAAAUCUCGCCCAACUCUUCGAUACACAUUUGAGGCAUUACUUCUGGCACUCUGGUUCGUUGCCUUCUGGUAUAUGCCGCACACAUCACUUCUUCCGGCUUCGCUCCAUUCACAAGCAGGACGUCCAAGCCAGGAGAACGACUUCGAUUUUGUAGAGGCUUGUCUUGAGCGUGUUGGCAUCAUAGGAAUCUCCCUCAUGGCUUCUCUUGCUGGUUUUGCCGCAGUGUCCUCGAUUUGGCAGACUUUUGGGGUGAAACACAAGACUGUGCGUGACACCGACAUUGCACGUAAAGAGAGCGGCUUAACUGCAACCAGAGAUAUGUUGGCAGUCAAGCAGAGUCGUCUCCGCGCACUCCAUCGCAAGAUGUCUGAAGCACCACCGGACAAAGGCGGUAUCAUGACCAGGAUGAUCGGUUCGAUCAAGGGAAACUCCGAUACAAAUGAGCAACGUAGCCUGGAGAUGGAAAUCGCUGGUCUGGAGACAAUGUCCAUGACUCUCUCGUCAUCCUUGUCAAACCUCAAAGCGCGACAUGCAACACAGCAAAGAUCACAAAACAGCCUCGGGCGGAUGUUGAACGUACUCAACUUUGGCUUUGCACUUUACUGUCUCUAUCGAAUCGCAGCAACUACGGUCUCUUCACUACGCAGAUGGUGGCAGCCAAACACAACCUUCGCAACCUCCGACCCUAUCAACAACGUUCUCGCUCUGAUCACUACACAUUACGAUCCCACACUCAAUCGCGAAGCCUGGGCUCGUCAAAUCUCAUUCGUCCUGACGGGUGUCAUGCUCUUGUUGUCUUUCAACGCUGUCCUACAGACCUUCCGCCUAUUCACCCGUUUCUUCCCAGGUCUUGCCAAUCGUGUGCAAUCUGCCAUUCCGCUAGUGAUUUCUCAAGUCGCAGGCGCAUACGUCAUCUCCUCUGCAUUGCUGUUGCGGAGUAACUUGCCUAGCGAGGUAAGUAGUGUCAUUAGCGAGGCUUUGGGUGCACCACUUGAGGGACGUUUUGUCGAAGCUUGGUUUGAGAGCUGGUUUCUGAUCGCUGUUGUCACGACGAGCAUUGGUAUCUUUGUCAGUCGAAAGAUUGGAUCUUCUGCUGAUUGGGAGGAUUGGGAGGAUACUCAGGACAUGGAAAUGGGGAAGAUGCACUGAUUUUGCAUUCGUAUGGUUCCGAUAGAGGGUGAUGUGGUUUGACUCUUCAGAGGAUAGGCAUGUCCAAGGCGUAAUGAGGGAUUGGCGGCUGGAUUGAAAGUAUACCCAUAUGGCACAUCAGGCGUUGGUAUAGACAUCUUGACUUUGGAUCUGUCGCGGGGUUAUCGUCGUUUUGUGUUUGUGACCAGCGGCAGUUGUACACAGUUUGGGUUCCAGCCAUCGGGAGUACUACGAAACAUCUGCUUUCUCAAGUUAAUCACAUCCUAAACAGCAGCAGCAAUAAUCGACUCCAAAAUACGCUUCAGGGGCGCCACGCUUUCCAACGACGAUGAGCCAGCCAAAGCUGAAAGACACCCUGACGUCUCU